GCGGCGGGUUUGAAAGCGGGAGAGGGGGCGGCGCGCGGCAGCGCAAAUAUGCAAAUUAUCCCGUGUGCUCAUUUGCAUGUGAUGAUUGACAGCAGUGCGAGGAUCCCACUUGCCUGCUCCUUACUGCAGUUCUUUCCAUGCUCUGGUCCAGCCAGGGGCACAGUGAGACGGGGGCUGCUUGGCUGACAGAUUUUUGAAGGGAUUUAAUGGUGGUCCACUGGAGACCAAGCUGAGCCUGGUCUGCUCAUUUUACUGGUGACUCAAAAAGGAUUUGCAGGCAGGGUCAAAGAUGGAAAAGGUGCAGUCCUAUUUAACGUUGGAUGAAGAUGACUUGCUCUCUGACCUCAGCAGUGGGGACCUGGAGAUGUUGCUAUCAUUCCUGGUGGGUAAGGUACAUGAAAUCGAAGUGAGAGUGAGCACAGAGAAGGAUGAGAUUAUGAGACUUGAGACAGAAAUAGCACAAUAUGUUGCAGAAAGAGACAACUGUCUGUCACUGGCAGCACAGAUUGUGCAUUUGCAUCCAGUAUUGGAAGAGGAAUUUAAGACUCAAGAACAACUUCAAGCUGUUGCAUCUGAGCUGAAAAGGCUGAAAAAGGACAUUGCUCAAGAUACCAGUGAGCAGCCAGAUGCGGCCAAAUUAGAACAAUUGAUAGCUGAAUCAGAAACCACAAUAACCUCUCUCCAUCAGAAACAGCGUAUGUUUAAAAGCGAGAAAGUUCAUCUGACUAAGGUACUGGAGACCACCAAAAAUACCCUUUCCAAGGCACAGGCAGAAAGCCAUGCAGCUGAUCAGGAGCUGCUUCGCUUGCAGAAAGAAUGUACUGAGCAAGCUAAUGUGAAGUCUUUGGGGGAUAAUGAAGCCGACAGACAGCUGGAUGCCUGCAUCAGACAGCUGGGAGUGUUAAACCUCCUCGCUAGGAAGAAGUGAACGUCUGUCUCCAGCAGAGGAUAUGUGUUAGUCAGCAGACCUGAAGUUCUGAAUUCCACUUGCAGGAGGUGUAGGCAAGUAGGUGGUGUGUGGCCACCAGUACACUGAGCCCCUGUUGGAGGAGUCAUGGGAAAACACACCACCUGGAGCAUAGCUGUACCAAGUUAAGCAGCCUGACUGCUUCUCAAUUUGAUUUCAUUUUACUUCAUUCACCUACCAGCUGCCCACCAGGACAUAGCAGCAAAAUAUUUGAUUGUUCUUCCCCAAUCUCGUCUUCUCUGGAUGCUGCAUUGGGGACAUGAAGCAAAACCUGCUGUAUGAUGAAUUCUGCUACUCUCUGUUUCAUGUAUGCAGGGUUUUAUUUUCAUAAAUAUUGAGACUAGUCCAAUGGUUUGUUUGUCAUUGGUGUCAGGGAUGCAGAGACUAAAGGAAACCAAUGGUUUAAGAAGGGCCCGUUUCAGCCAAACUCUCCUGGCAUCAGCCACUUCCUUGUCAGCUCAGUCUGGUUUGUGUGGCUGCUUCCCGUCCAACAAUAGAUUUCCCUUUCCAGCUAGUAGUGUAAUUUCCCUGUUUAGAUAGGCCAUAUCCGCUGCCCUGUUGCCCUUCUGUUGCUGUCUCAUUCCACUUCACAUGGACCUAUUGCCAUUCUUUGCAUUGGAUUGCCUUGAAGUUUCUCCAUGUUGAGAGUAGGGUAUCUCCCAGGCAAUCUGUGAGGAUCAUCAGGUGUAUGUGAAACACGACUGGAGACAGAAGCCAUUUGCUGAUCUGGAAGCUGGCCAGCUCAUGGGAGACGAUGUACGAAAUUGUGGCUAGGUGUAAUUGUAUUGCAGUGUGGCUAGAUUUCUGGAAAGUUCUGAGCAGAGACAUGGUUUUGCAUAACUUCGAAAUAAAGUCAACUUUCUUACAUAA